CGACAACGAUUUAUCACUUUGACGGUUUUAGUCAAGCACGUGUUUCUCACUUCCGGUGAAAAAGAAAACACAUUUUCCUGAGAAAUGUCGUUUUUUAUCAAAAAUAAGGGAAAACAAUCCCAGACUAAGAAGAAACAAGGAGGGAAAAAAAGACCAGCUGAGGCACCCAAGAAAGGCGCACCACACCGGAAGAAGUUUCAUGGACUAAAUGAAGAAAUUGAGAGUGACUCUGAAGAAGAAGAUCAUGUGACAAAGUCACAUAACCAGGGAUAUUCCUCCUCAGAAUCUGAUAAUGAGACAGCCCAAGAGAAAAAAUUGAGACUUGCUAAACAGUACCUGAGACACAUAGAGGCUGAAGAGAGGGACAAUAAUAUAGAUGAUGAGGUAAACAGAGAUGCUGUAUCACAUAGGCUUAAACAAGAUCUGCUAGAACAGGCUGGAAAAUUACAAAAAAAGUUGGCUGAAAAUAUUGUACCCCCUUCACAAGAAGAUUUGAUAUUGUUUCGAGGUCACCAGCUGUCUGUAACAUGUGUAGUUAUCUCCCCUGAUUCUCAAUUUGUUUACAGUGGAUCAAAAGAUUGUUCAAUUAUCAAAUGGUCAUUGAAAGAGAAGAGAAAGGUACAUGUAAUUCACGGGGGACGUAAAGGUACAGAGAAGAAACAUGUGGGACAUACAGGACAUGUGCUGGCCAUGGCAUUAUCAUCUGAUGGAAAAUAUCUGGCUUCAGGGGAUGCUAACAAAUUGAUACACAUAUGGGAUGCUGGCCCCAUGACAUUGUUACAUACAUUUAAAGGACACAGGGAUGCUAUAUCUGGCCUUACUUUCAGAAAAGAAACCCAUCAGUUGUACAGUUGUUCUCAUGACAGGUCUGUUAAAAUCUGGAAUGUGGAUGAGAGAGCUUAUGUUGAAACAUUGUUUGGGCAUCAGGACAAAAUCACUGCAAUAUAUAGUUUAUCACGAGAACGGGCAGUAACGUCGGGUGGUCGCGACAGUAGUAUCAGAAUAUGGAAGAUUAUAGAAGAAUCACAACUUGUCUUCAAUGCUCAUUCUAUGUGUUCAGUGGAUUGUGUUGCUUUGAUAAAUGAAGCAAAUUUCAUCUCAGGGGCUGAUGAUAAUUCUUUGUCCCUGUGGGGAGCCAUGAAAAAGAAGCCAUUGUUUACACUGAAGAAUGCCCAUGGUUGCCAGGCGACAGAUGAGUCAAAGGUUGAAGGUCAAGAGGAGAACUGGAUUACAUCAGUGGCAGCACUUCACAAUUCAGAUGUUGUUGCUUCAGCAGGAUCCAAAGAUGGCAGUGUGAGGUUAUGGAAAUGUUCAGCUGAUUACAAAAAACUGGAGCCUAUCUGUGCUAUACCUAUUGUUGGGUUUGUAAACAGUUUACAGUUUUCCACUGAUGGACGGUACCUUAUUGCAGGUGUUGGACAAGAACACAGGCUAGGGAGAUGGUGGUCUAAUAAGAAAGCAAAGAAUUCUAUUCAUGUGAUACCACUUGCUACUGCUGUCAAAUGAUUGAAAUAAAAUUAUGUAUUGUAAAUGGUA